AUGAUUUAAUGUUUCAGUAUAGAAUUCAUAGCAUAAUUUAUGGAAGCUUGUAUCUUAAGUGCGAUAUAUAAAUUAAGAAUAUCAAAUUCACCUCAAGUUUGUUAAAAUAUUAGAUAGAUCUUUUAGAUGUAUUUUUGUUUUAAUUUAGUCGGACUUGUUUUUAUCUUGUUUUUUUGGAAAGUGUAAAAUUAAAAUUUACUAUAUAGCAACCAAAAGUAAAGUAACAAAAGGAAGAGAUAUAAAUCAUGCUAGUUGAAACCAAAAAUAUUGACUAAGAAGAAGAAUAAUGA